UAUAAAUAAAUGUUAACCAACAACGGAUAUAAAUACUAGACUUUCACGUCAACAUUUAAAUAAACUUCUGUCACUUUUCCUUUUCACAAUAGCAACAUCCGUUAUAUUUUACAUCUUAUAGGACUGUGUUCAAAUUCUAAAUCUAGUUAGGAAUGAAAUGGGAAACGAUUGUUGUUGCUGUAGCGAUCCAGUAGACGAGGAAGAUGCAUUUAUGAAACAGAGGAACUUUGUUAUAGAUAGUAAAAUUUUUACUUUGGGUAAAUAUGGCAGGCAGGAAACUACAGAUACACAAAAUGAUCCAGAAAAGAAUAGGAAAUUUGAAAGUUUCAAAGAUUCAAAACCUGACAAAAACAGUAAUGUAAAAAGUAUGAAGAAACACAGUUUUCGGAAGUCUAAAAUGGGCAGUUCUAGAAGAGUAAAACCAAACAGAGAAUUUAUACGAACAUGUUCUAUGGAAGAAUUCUGUGAAAAUGUAUCAAAAUAUUAAUGUUUCUCGUUGACAAGUGCCAUAAAACAAACCAUAUCAGAUUCAUUUUCUGUAAUUAUUCAUGACAUGUAUUAAUAGUGUUUCGUAAAAUUAUUUUGCUUUUAAUGUUCUUAGGGCCACACCAAUUUAAUUUCUUGUUCUACGGAUUUUUGGACUCCAAAAGUUGGGGCGAGCGAGCGAUUUGAAAAUUUUAAUAAAAAAAUAUUUAAUUUGCAAAUUUUUGAGGCGAAGCUAAAAAAGUAAAGGCGAGCGAUUAUAAUUUUUUUUUGUAAACAUAAAAUAGUAGAUUUUGACUUUAUUAAAACUUGAUUUAUCACAUGUA